GUAAUUUGUAGAAUAAUGAUAUCUAAUACAAAAAAGUAUUCAAAAAAUAUGUGGCAAGAAAAAAUAAAGAAGGAGAAAAUUCAGAGCUAUUUAGAAUGGGCUUAUUGGGCCUUCGUUGAGCCCACAGAAAAAACACCGCGGUCUCUUCCCCUGCGCCGGUGACGAGCUGUACUCGACGGUCAUGAAGACCUGAACCAAAAUCGGAGUUUUGGGGUUCUGUGGUUUCUCGAGAGAUGUUUCAGAUUGUGAAAAACAGGUUCAGUGCGUCUUUCUCAACACUGACAAAGAGAUACUUCUCGAUUCGUGGUAAAACGGUGAUCGAUGCGGCGUCGAAGGAUGGGGAGCUUAGGGUUUUCAUUGUCUCCGGCGAAGUCUCCGGCGACACCAUCGGCUCACGUCUCAUGGGCUCCCUCCGAAAACUCUCUCCUUUGCCCGUUCGUUUCCAUGGUGUUGGAGGGUCCUUGAUGUGCAAGCAAGGGUUGAAGUCAUUGUUUCCCAUGGAGGAUAUUGCAGUAAUGGGGAUAUGGGAGCUGUUACCGCAUCUGUUUAAGUUCCAUGUUAAGUUGAAGGAAACUAUAGAGGCAGUGACUAAAUUCAAGCCACAUGUUGUUGUGACUGUUGAUUCCAAGGGAUUCUCCUUCCGGCUUCUGAAGGAGAUACGAGCUAGAUACAAUCAGUGGGGCUUGGAGAAUUCCCCAAUACAUUUUCAUUACGUGGCACCGUCGUUCUGGGCAUGGAGAGGGGGUGAAUCAAGACUUGGAGGUCUAUCCCAGUUUGUUGAUCAUAUUUUCUGCAUUCUCCCAAACGAGGAAGCGGUUUGUAGGGCAAAUGGGCUGGAAGCUACCUUUGUCGGGCAUCCAAUACUUGAGGACGCAAUUGAGUUCAACUCCGCUGGGAAAUGCAUGCCUUACAAAUGGAAGAUCCAAGGCAAUCCUAAGGAGUUCUUUGGAAAAUACUCUCUACCUUCUGACUCCACGGUCAUUUCCGUGCUACCCGGGAGCAGAUUGCAGGAAGUUGAGAGAAUGCUUCCCAUAUUCGCAAAAGCAAUGGAACUACUUAAAGGCUCCUCCUUUCCUAAACUAGUUACUCUUAUCCAUGUCGCAUCAAAUAGCCACGUGGAGCGUUACAUCGGAGAAUUCCUCCGUGAUUGGCCUGUUCCAGUGAUCCUUGUUCCCGGUGGAUCCACCAAACUUAAAUACGAUGCCUUUAGCGUGAGUCAGGCUGCACUAUGUACUUCAGGGACUGUUGCUGUUGAGUUACAGCUCGCACGUUUGCCUUGCCUCGUGGCUUAUAGAGCUCAUUUCCUCACAGAAAUGUUCAUACGCUACAAAGCCAAGAUACCAUACAUCUCUCUCCCAAACAUUCUCCUGGGCUCACCCAUCAUCCCAGAAGCUCUCUUUCAGUCCUGCAACCCUUUGAAUCUCUCUGCAAUACUAGGGAAACUGAUUUCGGAUGAGGAGAUGAGAGAAGAUCAAGCUGCUGCUGCUGAAAAGUUUGCGAGUCUCUUGCACCCUUCACAAAGAGACAUUCACAACUUCCUCCCUCGAACUGGUUUGGGGUCUCAACAUUACACACCAAGCUUUUUAGCAGCUUCAACCAUACUUUGUUUUGCCAAACCUUGAUUAUCCUUUUUUCUUUUCAAUAAUUUUGAUGAAUUUUUAGUCUAUAGUUUUAGUUUAUGCAAAUAUUUUUGUGUUGGUUAAGAAAGAUUCUGCAUCCCUCUUCUUGAAAUUGUUGGAAAGUUGUGGUCUUAUUAGGGAGUUGAUUUAACGCCGGUUCAAAUACUUGGAACCCCAAUUUCUAUCACCAGGUCCAGUAUUCCGUACGAAACCGAAAUUGAGGUUUAUAUUGUUGAAAAAAUAAACAAGAAAAUUAAUCGAAUAUCCAAAAUUUGGGCAAUUGGCAACAUAUUGGCAUAUCGGUAGUUAUGGCUGAAAUCGAGGGUAUUUUCGUAAAACCCACAAUAUUUAAUAUCAUAAUACCGUAAUACAUUUUGUGAUCUGGGGUCAAUUUCAGCAGCCGCUGCCUACACGUAACGUUCAUCCGAUUCCGGGAAGGAGAGAGAGAUUUGGGAAUCUGUCGCUUCGAAGCUUGUCGCGACUUUCCCUAAAUCUGUAGAACAUCACGUUGAUCUCUCCACGACGAAGCUGUUUGUCCUGGUCGGAUUUCCGUUGGUCGACUGUGUUCUAUCCAUUUUCGUGAAUCAA